AUGGCUCUUCACGACCUCAAGGAGCAGCUCAUUCGUUUUAAAACCAGCUGUACGCCCGCUCUUUUGAUCUCCCUCGACUUCCACGGAGCCUUUGACAGCGUGUGGCACCCGUACGUCCUCCGGUACUUCCGUGAGCGCUUGCUACACAGCAAGUUAUACCACCUGCUCCGAACAUUUCUGGAGGGUCGUACGGUGUUCUUACGCUCGCACGCGGGUCAGGUCGAGGCUACCCCGUCGCUGGGUAGUCCUCAGGGUUCCCCAUUAUCCCCACUCCUGUGGAACGUCGUCAUAGACGACCUCCUCUCCUUACGGAUGCCGCGCGGAGUCACCAUACACGCGUACGCCGACGACACUGUUAUCCUUGUUCCGGCCGUCACUACCACCGCGCUCUCGGAGCGUGCCUUGGAGGUCCUUCGGCGCGUCCAAGUCUGGGCUGACUCCGUCAAAGUGCGGCUCAACCCGGACAAGACCUUCUGUGUCCUUUUUCACGCUGGCCUCAGGGGCGGGGCGCGAACGCGCAUCACGGUGCGUCCCCCUGGCGCGCAGACCGCUCUCGCUUUUAAGGACUCUUUAAGGAUACUUGGCGUGGUCUUCGACGCCCGACUUUCAUUCUUCAAACACGCCGACUACCUGCGUGACAAGGUCACUACCUUGACGGCGAGAGUCGCCGCAUUUUACGCCAUGCAAGGAUCGCGUGUUCGUCCUACCCACAAGACUCUCUUGUACCGCCAGGUCAUUCUACCAGCAUUGACCUAUGCCAGUCCCAUCUGGUGGAGCGAGUCGCGAGUUGACUGCCGCCUAUACGCCCGGAUGGUCUCCAUCCAACGCGUUGUGCUUUUGGCUAUAACAGGCGCCUUCCGUACCACCAACACAGCAGCGCUGCAGGUUUUAAUGCACGCCGCUCCUAUCGAUUUGGAACUUGAGCGUCUCAACGCUGAGUUUCGACUCUUCGCGCUGAGGCGUCAUGUCGCCUUUGGCUCGCUGCGCUAUCGCCCGCAAUGGGUUGCGCUACCCCAUAAGGAUGUGGUGCCUCAUCCUUCGCUACCAGCCGUUGCCCCGUUCAGGCGACUGUCGUGCCGUGCCGCCCGCAACUUCUGUCGCGCUCCCGGCGUCCAUAUCUACACGGACGGGUCGUACACCAGCCUAUCUGCGGGGGCGGCUUACGUGGUCCUGGACCCUAACCCCUCCAUCAUGCGGGUCGGCAGGUUUCGGCUGCUUCAUGCCACGUCGGCGUAUGCGGCUGAAGUGGUCGCCCUCAUCGAGGCUCUGCGGCAUGUGUUGGAAGCGCGUUACACGAUACGCGUAGCCAUUUACACCGACUGCUUGUCGGUGCUUCAGGCGCUCGCUUCCCCCCAGAACGUGGAGCCCCACGUUAUGGAGAUACGCCAGCUCCUUACCACCAUCCGCCGGCGUUCUCCCGUCCACUUGUAUCACGUGCCGGCUCACUCGGGCGUCUUCGGUAACGAGAUAGCCGACUACCUAUCUCAACGGGCGACGCGCGUCGGCCUCCUCCGCCGAUUGCCCUCGCCUUUCAGGGCCAUUCGCCGACAGUUCCGACAGGAACUUUUAACACUCUGGUCGGAUCGCUGGCGUGCGGACUUCCGACGCACUGAGCUGUACCGUUGGGUACAAGACUUACGUGCUUUACCCGCCUUCUUCCCACCGCCUCAGCCCUUAGUAACACUACUCACGGGACACGGCCGUUUUCCGCAGUACUUUUACCGCUUCGGCCUCAUGCGGUAUCCCCGUUGUCCGUGCGGCGCCUACAGCGUUGACAUGUCCCAUGUGUUGCACGCCUGUGCUAUAACGGCACCUUAUACUUCUCGCAUCAGGCCACAAGAGGCUCUCUCCUCUGGGCGUUAUGCGGAAGUGCUGCAAAGCCCUUAUAACCGCGCCUUGCUGAUCCGCGCGGUUCGCGCGCUCAGUGAGGCAAUUCCUCAUGUCUCGCCGUAA